AUGCCAUGGCUGAGAAGUGGGCUUUUGAUUGACAGGGCGUGGGCCCAAGAUGUCUGGUGCCAUAGGGGAUGGCCCAUUGAUGGUGUUACCAGAUUGUGGAAAAGCAGAGUUGGGCCAUUGAGGCAUCCAAUAAGCAGGCCAAAAGUUGUUGUUGGGCCAUGGAGCACUGAAGGAUGGAGAUCGGGAUUGGUUACGGCGUCCUCCACGGUUGUUGCGAUGGCCGCGGUUGCUCUGUCCACCGCGUUGGGAUGA